UUACAGUAGGCGUAAAAAAAACCGAGCUUUGUUCGCGAUAAAUGAUUUUCACAGAUGAGGUUGUCGUUACAUAUUAUAAUUAACCAUGUUGCAGUGCACGUGCAUACAUAAAUGCAGAACAUCUGCGUGAGUCAAAUUUUGUAAUAGCACGAGAGGUAACAAACGGAGGCUAAUCUAGGAAACCAACCCAUCAUGGCGGCUGCCACAAGGCUUAUAUCAAGGUUGACGCUGGUCACUGGAGGAGGCAGUGGGAUUGGACGGGCGGUGUGUCAGCGCUUUGCCUCUGAGGGCGCCUCCGUGGUGGUCGCCGACAUCAGCGAGGAGUCGGCCAAUGAGACCCUGGGGAGCCUGCCGGGUGACCUCAGGGGGCAGGCCCACUGGGCGGCUGUGGUGGACGUGUCCUCAAAAGAGAGUGUAAAGAAGCUGAUCACCAGUAUACAGACUCAGUACUUUCAGCCUCCCUCAGUGUGUGUGAACGCAGCCGGCAUCACCCAGGACGACUUCCUGCUUAACAUGGACGAGGAUCAUUUUGACAAAGUCAUCCAGGUCAACCUGAAGGGUUCAUUCUUGGUCAUUCAGGCUGUCGCUCAGGCUCUGGUUGCCUGUGGAGCACCCAAAGGAUCCAUUGUUACUGUGGGCAGCAUCGUGGGAAAGGUGGGAAACAUUGGACAGGCCAAUUACGCUGCCUCUAAAGCAGGAGUGGAGGGUUUAACAAGGACCGCUGCCAAAGAGCUCAGCAGGUUUGGGAUUCGGUGUAAUUGUGUGCUGCCAGGUUUCAUAUCGACUCCGAUGACGGAUAAAGUUCCAGAGAAGGUUAUUAGCAAGAUGAAGUCCUUGGUGCCUCUGGGAAGAAUGGGUGAACCUGCAGAGGUUGCUGAUGUGUGUGCCUUUCUAGCUUCAGAUGAUUCUCGAUACAUCACCGGAGCCAGUGUCGAAGUGACAGGAGGACUUUUCAUUGGAUAAAUCUGAUGAUGACCAAUGGGAGGCCAGUUCCUUCGUUGUUAACUUAAUUGUUCAAUGAUCCUAUGUUUGUAUUCGACAUACAACAUGUUAUAUACUGUGCCAAUAAACACUUGUUUGUAAUUUUUCUGUGCA